UGCGCGAAGGCUGGGCGUCUCAGGUCACCAUUGGGCCGCCCUCAGGGACUUCUGGGAACCGACUCCUCCCGGGGACCGCGGAGAAUAACCCAGCUGGGGUUUAAGCAGGAUGGUGGGGCAGUGUUCCUCCGCCCUCACAGCGCCGAGCAAUUAUAGUCUCAGGGCCUGAGGUGGAUGAGGCCGGACCCCUGGUUCUGGACCCAGCCAAGGCGGAUCCGGGCGGUGGGUGAUGCGUGGCGAGUCUUGCUUUUCCAGCGGCCGUCACUGAAAUGCCUGCACCCGGGCCUGGAGACUUGGACAGAAAUGGACACUGCGGCUCGAAACACCAGGCUCAGUGGAAGAUGCCUGUUGUGCAAACUCCUGGAGCGCCUGCCUGGAGAAAGAGACAUCCGCACGCUCUGCGAAUACCUGAAGGAUGCGCAAGAGACGCCUUUACUGGGUGAAAUUUGGGACGCCACUACCCAGCGCUGGCAUCACCGCCUCAGCUCUACCUCAGAUCAUCAGGCAUUAGAUUCUCAUAGGAGCACCGGUCCCUGGUGCCAAAAAAUGUUGGGGCCCACUGAAGAGGAUGGAAGGGAGUAUGACCAUCAGGCAGGAAAGUCUCAACCUGGUAAGGGGAAAGUUAGCCUCAAGGUCAUCAGAAGAAAAAUUUUCAGCAUUCCAGCUUCUCCACCAAGAAUUUAUCUGAGUCCAGAACAUUGUAAUAUAGGCCAAAACUCCCCCAUUUCUUAUGCUACAUGUCACCUACAACAAAAGGAUAUUCAACCUGGAGUAUUAUUGACAUUUGGAGUUGAAUAAUUCUUCAUCGUGGGUGGCUGUCUUCUGCAUUUUAAAUGUUUAGCAGCAUUUCCCACUUCUAUCCACUAGAUGCCAGUAGCACCAACCCCUCAGUUGUGACAACCACAAAUGUCUCCAGAUAUUGCCAGAUGUCUCCUGGAAGGCAAAAUGGUUGAGGAUCAUUGCCCUAGAUAGGAAUAUACAUGCAAGACAAAGAAAGAUACAAAGCUGUGACUAAGAGAGCCUUUAUAAACAGGUUUUGAAUUGCCCUUUUCUUUAGUACUGAGAAAUAUCUUAUUCUUAGGUCAAAGCACCAUAUUAUAUUUGGGAUAGGUAAGCAGUAUGCCUUUUUUUGUAAAGUGGGAAAAAUAAUUGUGAAAGAGGAAGUGGGUACAGAGUACUGUAAGAGCAGUCAUAAGCACAUAACUUUAAAAAAAAAAAACUGCCUUACAACUGUCUUAAAGCAUUUGCUUAAGCACAUCAUUUUAAAAUUUGUGCCCAUGGAUGUUGGAGGUAUAGAUUCCCUUAAAAAUUUCUGUACCUAUAAAUCCAUUGGAAAGUUUUCUGAUACCCCCAGAAAUCCAAGAACCCCCUUUUGAAGACUACUACUCUUGGGGACUGGUACAAACACUGAUACAAAUACACGGUCAUGGUGGAUAAAGCAGAGCAAAUAAGUUCUAUAUGCAAGGAAAGAACCUCCGCUUUUUUCUCUAAGGUGAAACAAAGAAAUAUCAGUUCCCUAAAGUUAGAUCAGUUACAUAUCCUGAACAUUUAGGGAGUCUCGACACAUAUUGUCUAACUCUCACAUGUAUCAGAGUGAUUCCUUCCUUGAUAUUAAGCGGGAUAUAAUAUGAAAGCAACCUCAGCAUUUAGAAAUUUUAAGUGUCGUGAAUUGUUAUGAUGGUCCAAUGAAUAUUAUUAGCAUAUUUUGAAUUCACAUAGAAAUAUAUUAGCUGUGUUAUUAACUAGAUUUAAAUAUUUUACAGUACCUUCAGCAGAAGGUGACACAAAAACUUUUAGAAAUGUCAGCUCCUCCCCCUACCAUUUUUAUAACUGUCCACCCAGUUAUGAGAGUCAUUAAAAAUGUUAGCAGACAUCUCAGAAGUGAAACAUAUGGUCAGGUGCAGCAAUAAUCUAGGCGAAAGGUACCAGUCCUAGGUCCCCAAGUCAAUUAGAGACUUUAGAAAUUUACAUUGAGUUAAUAUUAAAGAAAAAUAUAAUCACCAGUCACGUAAAGAAUUUGUCAGAGAAAUAUGAUGCCUUAACGUUUAUCAGACACUGUAAGUAGAGUAACUUGAGGAUUGCACAUCAUUUGCAAUAUUGAAUAUUUAAAUUGUAUUUUAAUUUAUUUGACCACUCAUGACUACAUUUAUGCACUCUUAGACAUUAAUUUAAGGAAUAAAAAAAUUAUCUGCUCUAGACCGGGCAAAAUGAUAUAGUUAAUAAGAAGCUUUGUUCAUUCCCUCUUGUGAACAUAACAGCGGUGUUACGGAAACACAGAGCAAAUAGCAAGCAGAGUUACCUGGGUGUCUAGAUGAACAGAAGCACUACAACUAGGGAGAUAAAUGAGACAUCAGCCUGCAAUGGUAGAAGG